UGAUCAUCCAAUUAUCGAAAAUUAUGGGCGGCAACGAAACCAUCAGCGGACCAGAUGAAUCUACCGAAAGUUUGAUGAAGUGCAGACUUGAGACCUUGCGGCGGUGAAAUGGAUCCAAAGAGACCUCCAGAUGUCAGCAGUAGUGCAAGUGUCCCCGGGAUGGGCCGCAGAGGAGGGCUGCAGCCUCAGGAGCAGGCUGUAGGAGGAAGUAGAGGGCUGCUGCUCUCCUUAGAAGGGUUUGGUAUAGGACGAGCCAGAGGUUUCCCCACUCUCGGCGAUCAUCACAGACAAAGAAUAACUCCCCCCGCUGUGAAUCCUGCAUUCGGCAGAUGCCUGCCCUUCCCAGCAGCUGAGCCAAAAGUUGGGUUUGCAAGAGGCGAUAUCCGGCCUCCUCUGGAGCACAAACCUCCAGGGGGACCCAAGAUGCAAGACCUGGCUUUGACAACAAAAGAGGAUGAUGUGGCUGCCUUCGGUCAAAGAUCCUCCCUGGUCUCAAUGUUUAGAGGAAUGGGCAUCAAUCACUCCAUUGCCUCAUUGGGGAGAGCUCCACCUCCGGGAAAAGGAGCAGGUGGAGAUAUGGGUGAGCCGUGCCCAGUGGGUGUCAUCAGCAGCCCAGAAGGCCAACCUGAAUGGGUGAUGGGCGGAGUCGUCAGUGAAAUGGAUCCAAAGAGACCUCCAGAUGUCAGCAGUAGUGCAAGUGUCCCCGGGAUGGGCCGCAGAGGAGGGCUGCAGCCUCAGGAGCAGGCUAUAGGAGGAAGUAGAGGGCUGCUGCUCUCUUCAGAAGGGUUUGGUAUAGGACGAGCCAGAGGUUUCCCCACUCUCGGCGAUCAUCACAGACAAAGAAUAACUCCCCCCGCUGUGAAUCCUGCAUUCGGCAGAUGCCUGCCCUUCCCAGCAGCUGAGCCAAAAGUUGGGUUUGCAAGAGGCGAUAUCCGGCCUCCUCUGGAGCACAAACCUCCAGGGGGACCCAAGAUGCAAGACCUGGCUUUGACAACAAAAGAGGAUGAUGUGGCUGCCCUUGGUCAAAGAUCCUCCCUGGUCUCAAUGUUUAGAGGAAUGGGCAUCAGUCACUCCAUUACCUCAUUGGGGAGAGCUCCACCUCCGGGAAAAGGAGCAGGUGGAGAUAUGGGUGAGCCGUGCCCAGUGGGUGUCAUCAGCAGCCCAGAAGGCCAACUUGAACCGGUGAUGGACGGAGUCGUCAGGGACUGUAAAUGGAAGUAG